CUGAAAGCGUGUGCUCAUUCAGGACGCUCAGCAGAAAGUUUUACUAGUUUCUUCUCCUUCAGAGCUUCAGCGUGUACUAUUAUCCAUAUUCAGCCUUAAGGUUUUGAUUUCAAGCUGCCAUGCCUGCGAAAAAAGCUGCAAAGAGGCAAAAAGAAAUCGAGACCGAAGACGUGACGCCUGUGAAAAAAACUGAAAAAAGGCAAAAAGAAAUCGAGACUGAAAACAUGACGCCUGUGAAAAAAACUGAAAAAAGGCAUAGUGAAAAUGAGACUGAGGACAGAGCAGCUGUGAAAAAAGUGAAAGUGUCUCAUAGAAGUCAUGGCCAAGAGAAGGGCCUGGUGCUAGUGCUCGGACAGGGGGAUGUAGGUCAGUUGGGUCUGGGAGAGGACGUUCUCGAGCGGAAGAAACCAGCCCUGGUGACUCUUCCAGAGGGUAUCGUGCAGGCCGUAGCAGGAGGCAUGCACACCGUGUGCCUCAGUGACACAGGACAUGUCUACACAUUUGGAUGUAAUGAUGAGGGUGCGCUGGGCAGAGAUACCUCAGAGGAGGGCUCCGAGAUGGUGCCAGGAAAGGUAGAGCUAGCAAAGAAAGUAGUUCAGGUGUGUGCAGGUGAUAGCCACACAGCUGCUCUAACAGAAGAUGGUGCCGUCUUCAUCUGGGGAUCUUUCAGGGAUAACAACGGUGUCAUUGGCCUUCUAGAGCCUAUGAAAAAGUGUACCCUGCCUGUUCAAGUCCUAAUAGAUAAACCUGUGCUUAAAAUAGCUUCAGGCAAUGAUCACUUGGUAAUGCUGACUUUAAAUGGGGAUAUCUACACCUCUGGCUGUGGAGAGCAGGGCCAGCUGGGUCGAGUGCCAGAGCGCUUUGCCAACCGAGGGGGCAGGAAGGGGUUAAUGAGGUUACUAGAGCCGCAGAUGGUCAUGGUAAAACCUAGAGGAAAGGUCCACUUUGUUGAUGUCUUCUGUGGGGCGUAUUUCACUUUUGCUGUAUCUGAAGAUGGUCAUGUCUAUGGCUUUGGCCUUUCCAACUAUCACCAACUAGGCACUUCAAGCACAAACACAUGCUUUGUUCCUGUAAAGCUGACUGCCUUCAAAAAUUCCACCACCACCUGGGUCGGUUUCUCUGGUGGGCAACACCACACCGUCUGCUUGGACUCUGAAGGGAGGGUGUACAGUCUUGGUCGUGCUGAAUAUGGGCGUCUGGGUCUGGGAGAGGGUGCUGAGGAAAUGAGUGAACCUACAGCAGUUAAAGGAAUUAGUGGUGCCUGUGUGGUGGCUUGUGGGGCAUCUGUGAGCUAUGCUGUCACUAAAGAAGGCUCUGUAUAUGCUUGGGGCAUGGGCACCAACUUGCAGCUUGGCACAGGAGAUGAGGAUGAUGCAUGGAGUCCCGUGGAGAUGGCCGGCAAGCAGUUGGAGAACCGGACUGUUCUCUCAGUUUCCAGUGGAGGGCAGCACACAGUCUUACUGGUCAAGGACAAGCAGGAGAGCUGAUAUUAAACCUGAGUGCUGAGUUGCCGAACUGUACUACUGUGUUGCUGGUAACUAAAACCAUAGCUUGAUCUGGGUUGCUAGGGAAAUCUGGGGGGGUACUAGGUAUACCUGUACUGCUGGUUGUGUAUGAUUGGAGAUAUGUGAGGAGCUGGGUGGGACUGGAUCUGAUUAAACCUUUCUCCCACUAGGUGGAGAGCUUAAGUGUUCACUGGAUCUCUUAUGGUAGAUCAUGAUCAAAGUAUUUUUAAACUAGGUUUUCAUUUUGAUUUUUUUGGCAUGUUUCUUAAUUCUUUUAAUGCAAAUCACUAAUUAUUGCAGAGGGUUGGCAGCUAAGUUAGCAUGUGACUAUGUACUGCAAAGUGUUUUGAUGGUUUAAACCGGUCUUAUUCAAUUUCCUGCAGUGGGAUUUUAAACGUUUGUUUUUGGUCAGAGCAAUAACUCUCUAAUGGCUGCAGCUACAAUUUGUUCAUUUCUACAGAGAAGAUCAUUUGAAAUUGCUGUAAUAUUGCAACAUCAAGUUAUUUUUUCCUAAAGUUUGAAAGAUUUGCUGUUUGCAUCCACAAUGUGCUGGCCCAGUGGGAAGUGUAAUAAAAAUUUCAAUCUUU